AUGGCGAUUUGGAAGAGGGCGGAAGCUAGCAAGGCCAACUGCACUAUUGCCAUUUAUGGGUCUACUGACCAGCUGCAUUCCCAUAAAAAUCCUUUGAAGUCGUGUUGCGCGCCGCCCCGCCUUUCAACAAAACAAACCUUGGACACGAACUCGGCCGCACGGAUGGUUCGAAUUGGUGCAAAGUUUAUCAAAUUAUUCAAAACAUUAUUCAAGAAGAAAAAGGCCUCGGGCAAGCCAAGCUCAAGCACGGGCGCCAUUUCUACGAAACUAGCAUCCAAGUCUGGAGCCACGAACAACGAGUACGUCCCAUAUGCAUACUUUGAUUCAACGCAAUAUUGUCUCGCUGGUGCCGUAAACGAUGCAGUAGCCAUGAGGGGAUACUUGGAGAAAGAGGUACCAAGUUCCCGAAUAUCUUGCCUUUACAAUGAAAAGGCUACGCGCCGUUCUAUCAUCCAUGAACUUGAGCGCCUAAUCGAGGAUGCCACGAUUCAACCUCAAGACCCCAUUCUAAUCUUUUAUGCGGGUCAUGGCGGCGAGAAGGCACCUCCUAGAAACUGGAAUAUCGAAGACUCGCUCGUCCAGAUGAUCAUACCCCAGGAUUAUGAUGGUGACCACAACGUCAUUACGGACCGAGGGAUGGCGGUAUUGCUCGACAAACUCGCUUCAGUCAAAGGAGACAACAUACAGAGUAGUACGAGUGACGACCGGCGCCUCAGGAAUAUGCCAGUCACCAAGCCACUCCCAGACGACGUAGACGAAGACAUUUUCAGGGCCCACUCGCAGGAGGAUAACGGACCCUCUCGACGCUUGGGCAAUGCAUCCCAUGUUCUCCUAGCCGCUUGUGGGCCAAAGCAGCGAGCUUAUGAAGUAGGAGGGAGAGGCGUGUUUACACGAGUGCUACUGGAAACUAUAUCGACUCUAGGCAGAAAAACCUUGACCUAUUCAGACAUCAUUCGGGAACUUCCUCAUUUGGACGAGCAAUCCCCACGGUGUGAAGGAGACAAUCGAGAUCGUUUCCUAUUCGACCCCAGACCUCCCAUUCGAGACCGUUCAUUUGUCGAGGUGCAGUGGGAGGAAGACAAGCUCGUAGUGAAUAUGGGCAUGGCUCAUGGAGUGACCAAGUCCACCGAGUUUGUGCUAUUCCAAGAACCGGACAAGAAUAGUCGUUGUCUUGGGGUGUUGACCGUUCGGAAAGUAGAGACACGCCGCUCCACGCUUGCAGACCCGACUAUGGCAAUCACAUUGCCUGCUUAUGCAACUCAGAGAAAGGUCGUGGAUGUUUAUCUUGCAAAUCAUCCGGAUCUCGCUGCAGUUCGCAAUCUACUAGCACGAGAAAUGGCCGCCGAUAGCUCACAUUUACAGCGGUACUCAUUUGUUUCCAGCAAGGACGCCUCUAUCCGAGUGGAUGUGGAGGGUGGCGAUGUCGUCUUCAGUUACAACCUUGAUGGGAUGGGCUUGGCUCGACUGCCAUAUCGAGUCAACCCGACAGAAAUCAAGACCAUCCAUAGAGCUAUUGACGCAGCCUGUCAUUUCGACAGGUUAUUAAACCUCGCCCCGUCGAACAGUCCACUUGAGACUUUCGUCGAGAUAAGCUUUAUACGUCUAAAGGCCAAUGGCUAUGGGCCGCACAUUCCGGAUGGGGAAUGCUUUUGCAAAGACGGUAGGGUCGAGGUAACUUCUGGAGAUACUCUGUAUGGAAUCAAGAUCACAAACAACUCGAUGCUUAAUCUUUAUCCUCACGUAUUCGUUUUCGAGCGGAGGUACUUAUAUUGGCCUUCGACUGUCGGCCUAAAAGAUGCGGACCCUCCACUCCCCUCUGGUGGCUUCGUCACGAUUGGAUACGGGACCGGAGGUGUAGCACCAUGGAGUCAUGACGUUCCGGAUGAAGCUAUCAGGCAAGAAGGGAAAUCUUCAUGGGAUGCUGUACUGGCUCCAGUGCAACAGUAUCUAUACCCGCACUGGCCAGGAAAAACAAUUUUCGCCACCUCUGACUGGUUGAUCGGGGUCUCUGUUUCGGUAUAUCAUACUGAUCGAGCUCUUAGUCAAACUCCAAGACUCCAUGCACUGUUCAUUGGGAUAGAUCGAUAUCAGCGCGUCCAGGAUCAUCUCGGAGGCGCAGUGAAGGAUGCACAGGAAAUGGAAGCGUAUGUCGUCCAGGAGUUUCUCUCCGCGAAUAUCCACUCUCUUCACAAUGAAGCUGCGACACGUGGUUCGAUUAUUGGGGCAAUUGAGAAGUUGAUCAUCAGUAGCAAAGUCAAACGCAAUCACCCUAUUCUCAUUUUCUAUGCUGGACAUGGUAGUCGAGCGGUACCGCCUAUAGCUUGGGAAAUCUAA